AUGUCUCGGUCGCUCCGUACGCGUCCCAUGACGCUAUACGCACAAGAGGGCCAGCAACCAGUCAUCCCACCCGUCCCUACCGCUUCCUCCUCCUCAUCGACAUAUCCCAAGGAUGCCUCCUCCUCGCAACAGCAAAACAGUUUACGCUACGGUGCAUACGCAGCCUCUGGGCCCGCCGAGAGCAGUGGCAAGCAUGGCACGAGUAAAGUCCUCAAAAAGUCCAAAAAGAACGCUUCUGAGGUAGGCAGCAAUCUCAAAAAGCGUCUCUCUAUGCGCUAUGCCGAACCUACACAACUUGGUCCCGGUGGAUUCUCCGCUAUCCCUGCCCUCCCUUCCCUCCCACCGAUGCCUGAGAUUCAUAUCGAUGAUCAACCACACCAUGACACCGACAAGCGCUAUCUACCGGCUAUUGGAGAGAGUUCGAAGGACGCAGCUUAUGAUGCAGACGAGAAGGAGCUAGAAGCGAUGCGCAAGAGCUGCGAAACAACGCGUACUCGCACUGAUGUCUUCCAAGGGGACCCUGCAGUAGAUGUUCAGCUGCUAAGCGCAUCGGAAUUUGAUCCUCAGGCAUACCUCAGGGCUAAAUUAAGCCAUCAUACAGAAUCAAGUCUGCGAGCAUUCAAGAGCUCGCUUGCCGCAGCCAAAGAUGCUGCUAAUGACGAUCUCAAAAAGCAAGUGUUCAAGAACUAUGGCGAAUUCAUUACGAUCAGCAAAGAAAUUGCGACGUUGGAAAACGAUAUGUUGGAACUCAAAGAAUUGCUUUCGGAAUGGAAGCAACUUCCUCAAGCACUCGAGCUCGAUGACUCUUCCAGCACUUGUUCCUUCUCCGACUCUUUCUCUCGCCCAAAAGCAUCCACUAAAGCCAACAGAACUAGUACAAUUGAUUUGCAACAAAUCUACCGUGCCCAAAUCACUUCUCUAUGGGAAGGCAUCGAGGGAUCGCAAAAGUUCCUACCCUAUAUUCCAGGUCGACAUCUCAUAGCUGAAGCUUCUAGCUUUACCGAACUCAACGCUGCUACCUACAAACCUCAGCAGUCUGUUGCGCUAUUCUUGCUGGAUGACCUAUUGUUGAUUGCAACCAGGAGAAAGAGGCAGAUGAGUAGUAAAGUGCGGUUGGUAGCGGAGAGGUGUUUUAGUUUGGCAGAGAUCCUGGUGAUUGAUUUGAAAGAUGGCGGAGAUUUGACCAAUGCGAUCAAGAUCAAGCGUGGUAGGCAGAGUUUUGUCUAUAGAACGGAUAGGGGCGAGGAUAAAAGGGCAUUGUUGAAUGCCUUUAGGCGCGUAGCCGAGGAGUUGGCCAAGAAGAGAAGGGAUGAGAGUGAGUUUGGCGCCGAGAAAAGGAGGGAGAGUACCUUGUUGUCUUCUCCGGGUCAAUUGGAUGCCUUGACUAUCGGCGCGAGUGGAGGUGGAAGGGGUAAGGCCUUAGAUGGCGGAUUGUUGACUCCUAUCGGUGAAGAUGGGCCAGAGGAUCGUGGAGGCCUCAUGGCGGCGGCAGCAGCCUCGGCGGCCUCAGAACGGAAAGAUCCGGGAAGAUGGAACAAUGAUUUCUCGGACGAGCUGAGCGUUUGCAUCGCCUUGAGGGAAUGGGAUCAAGCAGUCAGCCUCAUCGAAAAAGGACGGGCGGUACUUUCCACCUAUCCUUCCCCAUCCUCUCGCUCUCCUUCUUAUAUCGAUCUCUCAUCUAAACUCUCCACUCGUACGUCAGAGUUGAUUGCGGCGAUCUCAUCCGACUUGCACCGCUCCAAUCUGAAAAAAUCCUCGGUCGUUCGCAAUGCAUCCUACCUCCUGCGUCUAGAUCAAGGUGAAAAAGCACGAGAGCUCUUCCUCGACGCACGUACCCAACUUCUCAACAAGCGUACACGACAGAUCAAGUUCGAAGGAGAUACAGGUUUGUAUAUCAGCGAACUGGGCAUCGUCUUUUUUACACUGAUUAAGAAUACGAGCGAAUGGUAUAUGUCGGCCUUCAAGGAUGGUAGGAUGGCGAGCGGGUUUGUAGAGUGGGCUUGCGAGAGGGUGGAGGAGUUUGCUGAGUUGUUUCGGAGGCAGGUUUAUACGAGUAAUAGUGGUGCGGAGGAGCAAGAGGAGGCGCAAGCCUUGGUGAGCGAGGUCAAGGAGAUCAGUUUCAGGUUGGCAAGUCAGCUGAAGGAGGUCGGAUUGGAUUUUUCUUUCCUGUUGGAGCAACUACUCCAGGCUGAGCCGGGCAAAGUCAGUCCAGAAGAGGUGCAGAAAGCGGCGGGAACGAGAGGAGAUGGAGGAGGAGGAGGUGAAGGAGGAGGAGGAGGGGGGAUCGUCAUUCCGAAAGUGGUGUUGACUAGGUCGAGUAGGAUUGGAAUGGAGGCUGAGAUGGGCAAGGAAAGGGAAGGAAGGAGAGCGCAAGUGACGUCGGCACAGGAGUUGAGGCGGCAGAGUGUCAUGCAUCCUUCUUAG